AUGCUAUCUGCUUCGAAUCGCUUGAAAAUAGUGGUUAUUCCCCGAUGGAAAACCCCCUAUUUGUUGUGUAUUUCCUCCUUAUGCAAUAGUUGUAGCUACCAGAGUUCUGAUCGUGGAGAAUCAGAUUUCUCUCCGAAGGUACUACAUAUGCAAAUCACAUCAACCCCAGUUAAACUUCCAUGGAUACGUCCACUAUAUCCCAUGCUAAGAACCUGCACAUUCAAAACCCGUUCAUUGGUAACUCAAGCAUCCAUUGAGGACGAAGAAUUAGCACAUCAAAUCUUGGACAAAAUCAUAUCUGAGUUACAAAAAACCCCAAAUUCCAUCAACGAAUUAUGCACCAAUCACAUCAAUAAUCUCUGUAAAACAAAAAACCUCCAAGCAGCUACUAUUCUCCUCCAAUUAUUACACAAUAAACACGCCAUCAAUGGCAUCGACAUCCUCCCAUCAUACAAUCUCCUCCUCAACGCCGCCAGUGAAAACAACAAUACAAAAAUCGCCGCCCAUAUUUUCAAACAUAUGUACAUUAACCACCUUCCUAUGAACUCCACCACCUAUUUUUACACCACCAAAGCCAUUUCCAAGAGCAACGAUUUAACUUUCAUUUUAUCUUUCCUUAAAGAAAUCUCAGACUUAAAUUACACUAGAGAUGUGACAGUUUUUAACCGGAUUAUUUACGGAUUUGCAGAAUGUGGACACGUACAUAAUGCGAUUCUUGUUUUUGAUAAUAUGAAGAGUUUAAAAUGUAAACCAGAUUUGCUUACUUAUAAUACCAUUUUGGGGGUAUAUGGUAAAGAGGGACGAUUGGAUGAAAUGCUUGAUGUGUUUUCCAAUAUGAAAAAGACAGAAAUACCCCCGGAUAUUGUUUCGUAUAAUACAGUGGUAAAUAGUUUGCGAAAGGUCGGGAGAUUUGAUUUGUGUGUGGUGGUUAUGAAAGAGGUUGGGGAAGUGGGAUUGAAAUUUGAUUUGAGGACUUAUACUGCUUUGAUUGAGUGUUUUUUCCGAUCUGGAAAUGUGGAAGAAUCAUUGAGACUCUUUGAAGAGAUGAAGCGAGGGCAAAUUCGUCCUUCGAUUUAUGUUUAUAGAUCCAUGAUUAGUAAUUUGAAGAGAUUGGGGAAGUUGGAAUUGGCGGGAAAGUUGUUGGAGGAGAUGAAUGAAUGUAUGGAGGAUCUUGUUGGUCCUAAAGAUUUUAAAAGGAAAAAUAGAUGA